AUGGAUCUGAAAUACAAUAACUCAAGGAAGUACAUUUCCAUCAGUAUUCCAUCAAAAACGGAUACGAUGUCCCCUCACAUCAAGUCUGUUGACGACAUCCGGGUGCUUGGUAUUAAUCUAAGCCAGUUCCAGAAACCUGUGCAAUUUUUCAUUUGUGUUACUGGAGUUUUUAUUUUUUAUUUAAUAUAUGGAUAUUUACAGGAAUUGAUAUUCUCAGUUGAGGGUUUUAAACCAUUUGGUUGGUAUCUGACAUUAGUGCAAUUUGGAUUUUACUCAGUAUUUGGAUUAAUAGAAUUACAGUUAACCCAAGAUAAACGAAGAAGAAUACCUGCAAAAACCUAUAUAAUAAUAGCAUUCCUCACUGUGGGUACAAUGGGCCUUUCAAAUACUUCUCUUGGGUAUUUGAAUUAUCCUACUCAGGUUAUUUUCAAAUGUUGUAAACUGAUCCCCGUUAUGAUUGGAGGAAUAUUUAUUCAAGGAAAGAGGUAUAAUGCUGCAGACGUGAGUGCAGCUGUAUGCAUGAGCAUUGGCCUGAUAUGGUUCACACUGGCUGAUAGCACAGUUGCCCCAAACUUCAAUGUAACAGGUGUGAUGCUCAUCUCCCUGGCGCUGUGUGCAGAUGCUGUUAUUGGAAAUGUGCAAGAAAAAGCCAUGAAACUACAUAAUGGAUCAAAUUCAGAAAUGGUUCUGUAUUCAUAUUCCAUAGGAUUUGUUUACAUUUUACUGGGUUUGGCCAUUACAAGUGGAUUAACUCCUGCCAUAGCCUUCUGUUCCAAGUAUCCAUUUCAGACGUAUGGAUAUGCUUUCUUUUUCUCGCUGACUGGAUAUUUUGGAAUAUCUUUUGUGCUUGCAUUGAUUAAGAUCUUUGGAGCUCUGAUUGCUGUGACAGUAACAACUGGGAGGAAGGCAAUGACUAUUGUGUUAUCCUUUUUAUUCUUUGCAAAACCCUUUACCUUGCAGUAUGUAUGGUCGGGACUGUUAGUUGUACUUGGAAUUUUCUUAAAUGUCUACAGUAAGAAUAUGGACAAAUUUAGGCUGCCCCAUCUUUACAGUUUCCUGACAAAAAGGGGUUCUGAAGGAAAAUCACGGACGUUUUCACAGACUGUAUAA